ACAAAUCACUUGGAAUACGUUCAAGCUUCUUUAUCUCUGAGGUGGACAUGGGUGUGUCCAUGUCCUGUUUCAUGUAUAAAAAACCCCUCUGUUUGCACUCGUCACAACAACAAUCACCAGGCAAGAUGAGUCUUACUGCUAAGGACAAGGACACAGUCAAGGCCUUCUGGGCUAAAGUGUCCAUCAGAGGGGGAGAAAUUGGCUCUGAUGCUCUUUCCAGAAUGCUGUUGGUGUACCCUCAGACCAAGACUUACUUCUCUCACUGGAAGGACUUGAGCCUUGGCUCUGCCCCGGUCUUGAAGCAUGGAAAGACUGUGAUGGGUGGAGUUGCUGAUGCCGUGGCCAAAAUCGACAAUCUGGCGUCUGGUCUUCUAGACCUCAGUGAGCUGCAUGCCUUUACUCUGCGAGUGGAUCCUGCUAACUUUAAGAUUCUCUCUCACAACAUCCUUGUGGUUAUGGCCAUCAUGUUUCCUGAUGACUUCACCCCUGAGGUCCAUGUGGCUAUGGACAAGUUCCUGGCUGCGCUGUCCCGUGCUCUGGCUGAGAAAUACAGAUAA